UGUUCUAACUGCUUUUUAUUUUCCUGUCGUGGUUUUUAGUGUCCAUUUUUUACUCUGAGGUGACAGUUUCAACUCCGAGUGUCACAGAAACUAGAUCUACUGAUUAAUGGUUACCAUUGUUAAUAAAAUGCUAAUUUGACUACAAGAGGAUUAAAUCUAACUCCUGACUUAUGAUGCAUGGAUGUUUCAUUCAUAUUUGGCUGUUUUUCUUCGCUGUAUUUGUGAGAGAAAUUAAAGUCAAAGAAGUGAAGACGGGCCUAUACAGUCGUGUUGAGCUCACUGGAGAGGAACUUGAUCAAAAUACUGCAGAUUCUCUGAAGUCAGUGGAAUGGACCAAACAAAAUGGAUCGAUAACAUGUCUAUGUAUUACAAAAACAAAUACAUCCAAUGCUUCAUACAGUCAAUGCUGUGGAACGGCUCAUUUCUAUUUAAACAACAACACCCUCAUUCUGGAGAGAGUGACAGCAAGGGAUGAAGGAGUCUUCAUUGAAACUAUAGUUACAGGAAAUGGAACUACAAAACGCCUAAACUUUACAUUAAUUAUUCAAUAUCCUCCAAAUGCAACAGAAAUUGUGGUCUCCUGGACCUCCAGCACAUCUGUGGCUCUCAAGUGUGAAGUGAGCGGUUUAUUCCUGCAUCUGAUGUGGAAGAGAGAAGGAGUCCCUAUUCUAGAGAAACACAGACACUCGUUCAGUGAGAGGAACCAAACUCUACACAUCAGCAACAUAACCAGCUCUGAGUACGGCACGUACAGCUGUAUUGCUUCAAAUGCAUAUGGAGAAUCAGAAAAGCACACAUAUAUUACCAGUGGAAACUCAACUGUCAACCAAGGAAAUGGCACUAGAUAUAAAACUCAGGUUGAUCAAACUGUGCUUUCAAGUGGACUUACACUCACCGGUGUUUUGGGACUGUGCAUCGUGUUCUACUGCCUUUACAAAUACCAUCACAAACAAAGAGCAGAAAAUGGCAGAACUACAGAUGAAGGGGGUGCAGCCAAUGACCUUGGUAUUUAUCAGGAAGUACCUGACCACGAAGAGGUGACUCCUUUACCGUACGUCUACACAGACUUCAUUAAGCCGAAAGAGAGCAGUCAGGCCUCCGCUGCAGCGCAAUACUUUGAGGACUUUGGUUACUCUGAGGUAGGGCCCACAUGCAGGGAACGUGUCUCCAAUGAAGAGUCCACAGCGUGUCCUGAAGCUGGAGAGGAAUGACAACUGAAAUAAGAGACUACAAAACAUGUUGGCGUGAAAACAGCGAAUACUAACUUACUUUCAUAUUCAUGAAUCUGGUGCAGCGCAACAGAUUUAUAAGUGGAAAAAACACGUUACAUCCUGAUCAACCACUAGAGGGCAGCAAAAACAGCUGAAAACAUACACUCAGAAAAAGGUACAAAGCUGUCACUGGAGUGGCAUCAAGGUACAAAAGCUAAAAGGUACAACCUUAGGUGUAUAUUAGUAUCUUAAAUGCACAUAUUAGUAUUUUAACAGUAUACCUUUUUGAAUGGGUACCGCCUCAGUGACAGUUCCCCCCAUAGUAUGCAAACUAUAAGAGGUCGUAAGUAUCCACCCUACACAUUAGUGACUGUCGUACACCGUGAUUAGAUAAAUGACUUGUGCCUUUCAGAACAAAGUGGUUUGUCUUGCAUGACGAACUCUGUUAAAGGGUCAGUUUAUUAAAUUCGACAUAUCAUGGAGUCAGCUGCAGGUUAACUGAUGUUAAAAGGCAAAUCUAGAUGCCAGUAAAGAGGUCUAGAUGCACUCUCACAGUGCACAGUAAGAGACCAAAACAGGUCGAAGCAUUUGAGAGACAGCUGUCAAUCUUCUGAAGAGUGUACAUGUUUCAUCAAAUCUUUUGUUUACAUUUUAUAGAGUACCUUCAUGUAUGCCUAAAGCAAUGUCUUAAUUGAGAUUCCUCAAAGCAACCAGGAAUAUACUGCAACCGGAUGCAAAGAAUAGGUUCCUUUCUGUUUUUCCUUCAGAAAAAACAAAAUAAUUUUUUUUUUAACUAUUUCCUUUUAACACACAUGAAGUUAACUGUACAGUCUUACUUUUUCCAAGUGUGCUUAAAUUGUUACACCCAUGGAAUGCUGGGAAAUGAUACCUACAAACAGAAGGGGGAUGUAAGUGUUUAAUAAUUUAACUUUAAUCUCCUGUGAUAUAAAUAAAACAAACAGAGAGGUUUGGGGGACAGUGUUAAUUAAAGCUCUCCUAUUCAACUACAAUAAGUGCAAACAGAUAUUUAUAUACAAAAUUGCACAUAUCAUUUGGGAUUCAG